AUGACUGCCGCGCAGGGAAGCGCAAAAAUCUUGAGUCUUCGGCAUGAGACUCUGCUUGAACGGGGCUUACCGCCAGUGAUAAAAAUAGAAGCACAGGAUCCAGCAGAGUCGGUGCCGGAGGAGGACCUGAAGGGUAUAAGAAAAGCCCCUUUUAAUAUCCAGGCAGGGACAUCUGAAGAGCUUCUGAGAUGGGUGGCAUUGGCACAACCCAGGAAUCAACGCCAGGAGACACGAGGGAGCCAGGAAGUCCAGUGGCAAGAGACAGUCGCUCCUGGAGUUACAUCCGCCUCCUCUCCUGCAUGGGGCAACCUUCAAGUGCCUCAGCUCACACCGGCAGAUGAUAUCGAGGUCUACCUGUCCACCUUCGAGCGUGUGGCUGACGCCUGCCAGUGGCCGAGAGAGCAAUGGGUGGUCCGACUCGCGCCUGCCCUCAGCGGUGCAGCCCGAGAGGCCUACCGCCACCUCGACUCAAGAGACAGGGAGGAUUACGGGAAGGUGAAGGCCGCCAUCUUGCGCUGCUGUGACAUCGGCAGCGAGACCCGACGGCGGCGCUUCCGGCAGUUUGGUCUCCAGGAGGCCGAGGGCCCCCGCCAGGCUUGGGCAUAUUUGCACGACCUUUGCCAUCAGUGGCUGAAGCCCGACAUCCGCUCCAAGGAGCAGAUUCUGGAACUGUUGAUCCUGGAGCAGUUCCUGAGCAUUUUGCCAGAGGAAGUACGGACUUGGGUUUGGAAAUGUCAUCCGGAGACCUGCGCCCAGGCUGUGGCCCUUGUGGAAGAGUUUGCCCUUAGGCGGCAAGAGGCCAGGAGGUCAGAUUUGCAGGUCACUGUUCCCAUGAAGGUGGAGGAAGUGACCUCUGAUGAGGAGAUGACAUCCCCUGCCUCAUGGGACAUUCCUGGCUCUCAGUCCCACCCUACACACCAGUCACAGGAGGCAGCAGGAUGGAAUAAACCCGUAGAAGCCCAGCGUGAACUAACCAGAGAAGCAGCUCAGACUUCACAGGAGAUAGCAGGCGCCAGGACUGCCAGCCAGAUUGGAGAUGACCCUUCUGAGGAGGACCCCGUAGCCCCGGAGAUGCCCAAGGAUAUAUCAAGGAAUAUGGGAGAGGCAACGUCCUCGGAGUGGGAGGAGGACAGACAACCGGGCGAGCGGGAGUGCUCUUCAGAAGACGAACUUACUAUUAAAACAAGAGGGCCUAGUAAGUUUUCAGCACACCUCCCUUCACUGAUCCUUAAGUCCAGGGAGGAACCAAAGGACACAGAAAGCCAAACGAGGACCUUCUCCUGGGGAGAAAAACCUCACCAGUGUUGCGAGUGCGGGGAGAGCUUCAGAGUGAAGCAAGAGCUUGCCCUGCACAAGGGAAUCCACCGGCGGGAGAGGCCUUUCCCCUGCGCCGUGUGUGGGAAGAGAUUCACCCGGCUGUACCACCUCACCACGCACCUGCGAAUCCACUCGGGUGAGAAGCCUUACCGCUGCACCGAGUGCGGGAAGCAAUACGCGGACGCCUCCAAUUUUUACAAGCACCAGAGGAGCCACGUGACCGAGAAGCCCUACCAGUGCGCGGAGUGUGGGAAAACCUUUGGGGACCUGUCCCUUUUUUAUAAACACCAGAAGGGGCACCGAGGAGACAGGCCUUACAUUUGCGACACAUGUGGAGACUGCUUCAGCAAACCAAAGGAUCUCUCGGCUCACCAAAAAAUUCACGGGGAUGGGAGGGUGCCUUCUCUGUAUUGA